ACGCCAGAAGACUGCUCCCAAUGUGUUUCUGUGUGGGACCAUCUGCCCCAAAAUGUAUUAUUACAGGAGUGGACAGCAGCCAACACUGAGAAACAAAACAGUCACCGUCUACAGUCCUAUGAUAUCACACCAAUUCGCGAGCAGCUACGACUACGGGUGGAAGAAUGCUAUCAGAAUCUCAUGAAGCGAGCUGUUGAACCAAUACUAAGUCCAAAAAUAGUGCCGGGUAUUCUCCAACAUGAAACUACAAGCGAUGUGGGCGUUCCUUCAGGAGCUAAGCAACAAAGCAGAGAGCUGUCCCGUGAAGCAGCCAAGAAAGGCCUCGACGAUCUCUUGAACUUCGUAAGAGCAGCUAGACAUGGCCUUUUGAACUACGUGCAUGCUAAACUUGCGGUCUAUGGAGCUGAUCAAGUGCUGCUGGGACAAGUCUUUGGCCAAAUCUCGAGCUGGAUCUGCGCACUCUCUUUGAACCACAUGAUGUUCCGAAAGGAGCUCUGUAAUUUCGAGAAGGCCAUUCAGAUCAAACACAACGUAACUGAAAUCCAAUCUUGGUUAUCUUCCAAAGGCCUGGAUGCACAUCGUGAUGCACUGGAGCCACUGGUCCAGGCUUGUCACUUACUACAGGUUGGUUUGAGCACAUCAUAAUC